CGCGGCGCCGGCUGGGACGCGGAGCUGAGGAGCAGGGCCGGGCGCCAUGGCACCGUGGGGAAAGCGGCUGGCUGGCGUGCGCGGGGUGCUGCUUGACAUCUCGGGCGUGCUGUACGACAGCGGCGCGGGCGGCGGCACGGCCAUCGCCGGCUCGGUGGAGGCGGUGGCCAGACUGAAGCGUUCCCGGCUGAAGGUGAGGUUCUGUACCAAUGAGUCGCAGAAGUCCCGGGCAGAGCUGGUGGGGCAGCUUCGGAGGCUGGGAUUUGACAUCUCUGAGGGGGAGGUGACUGCCCCGGCACCAGCAGCCUGCCAGAUCCUGAAGGAGCGAGGCCUGCGACCAUACCUGCUCAUCCAUGACGGAGUCCGCUCAGAAUUUGAUCAGAUCGACACAUCCAACCCAAACUGUGUGGUAAUUGCAGACGCAGGAGAAAGCUUUUCUUAUCAAAACAUGAAUAACGCCUUCCAGGUGCUCAUGGAGCUGGAAAAUCCUGUGCUCAUAUCACUGGGAAAAGGGCGUUACUACAAGGAGACCUCUGGCCUGAUGCUGGACGUUGGUCCCUACAUGAAGGCGCUUGAGUAUGCCUGUGGCAUCAAAGCCGAGGUGGUGGGGAAGCCUUCUCCUGAGUUUUUCAAGUCUGCCCUGCAAGCAAUAGGAGUGGAAGCCCACCAGGCCGUCAUGAUUGGGGACGAUAUCGUGGGCGACGUCGGCGGUGCCCAGCGGUGUGGAAUGAGAGCACUGCAGGUGCGCACCGGGAAGUUCAGGCCCAGUGACGAGCACCAUCCGGAAGUGAAGGCUGACGGGCACUUCCUGGCCCUGCGGGGUGCCCUGUCUCUGGCUGGAGCUGAUGAGCCGUGGCGUGAUGCUUGCCUGGGGGUCGGUGUUGCCUAGAAGUGAGGAAUGACCUCCUUCACCCCUGGCUCCUUCCGGCAGCCUGGCCACUUCCAGCAUGUGGAGGGGGCCCGGGCCCUGGCAGAGACGGUGUGGAACCGCCAGCCGCAUGCGGGGCUGGAGUUCGGGGCUGCCAAUGGGCUAAGGCCCUGUGUUCAACACGUGUCGUGGAACUGUCGUGAAAAAGAGACUCAGGACCACAGGUCCGGGGCGCUCCCAGGGGUCUUUCCCACCGAGGCCGGGAGUGAGCAGCAGCCUGGGCCCAGCCACACCUCCCAGGCUCGGGAGCUGCCAGGCCAGGCAACCGUGAGGGGUAGCAGGGUGGGGGGUGGAGGGGAGGGCAGGGAGAGCAGGCCUCUCGGGCCUCACCCACCCUUGCACCUUCCAGCUCUAGGGCCCACACAGUACCAAGCCCUGGGCUCAAUGUACCACUUAUGAAAACUCAAUUCAAAUUGGCUUAGUGCAACAAGGUAUUUGGUGGUCUCACAUGACUUGAACAUCCAGGCCUGGCUGGGUCUGGGGUCCCAAUCGCUGUCACGGGAACCCCAUCUCUUCCCAUUGCAGCUACUUGGCAGGUGGCGGGAUGUCCCCCAGCCACCGACUUCCCCCUGCCUGCUCAGCAACCCCAGGGCCUGCAAAAAGGCCCACGAGACUCAGACUGGCAAAGAGACUAGGCGGACCAGGAACAGGGGCGCAGUCUCUGUCCCACCCAAACCCUAACCAGAGAGAAGAUGGCACGUUGUGCCAGACGGAGGACGGAUGCCAGCGAGUGUCCAUGGCCUCACUGCCGACAAGGCUGGGAACUGGGCCAAGUGAAGCAGAGGCCUCCACGUCAGAUGUGAGCGCCACUGGCCCAGGUGACUGCAGUUCUUCCCUCCUUCCGUUCAGCUUGAGCCCUCCGGAGGAUCGGAAAGGCUGAGGCCUGACCUGGUGCCGCUGUCCUGGGUGGGUCUGUCCUGCUGGUCGGUUCCUGCCCCUCUCUGGGAGGUUGGCUUACAGCUGGCAGGUGGAAAGCCUCCUGUGUUCGCCUCAGGGCAGAGGUGGGGACACAGGGCGGGACGGGGGAGUGUGGUGCACCUCUGGGGUGGGUGCUCUUGGGUCCGCCUCCCGUGCCAGAGUGCGUGUCAACAGUUCCAGCUGCCCCUCUCAGAACUGUCCUGGUUUAGGAGGUAAACACACGGGGCAGCCUACAUUCUACAUGGUUUUUUUAACAUUAUAAAAGCAGCAUGUGUUAUUACAGGAAAUUUAACAGAAGUAUAUAAAAAGAAACCAGAAGUCACCCGGGAGUCUGAGCACUGUGCUCUCUGGGGCUUUUCCUUCCGGCCUUCUUCUUUCCAGCCCUUUCCCUGCACACUGGACAGAGUGGCUGAUUCUCUCUCGUAAGCCCACAGGGUUAUGAUCGCUGUGCAGAUAAGGAGACUACACAUGUGCCCCAUGUCAGAAGCACCUGUGCCUGGCCUGGGCACUGCACUGGGGGUGAGGCCUGGGGCUAGGCCCCACGUGGGGGCAGAAUGGAGCUGCUAUCCAGCCAGGGACCUCAUCUAGGGAUUGGGGGCAGCAAGGGGCUGGUAAGGGCCAGAGGUAAUUCCAGGGCCACUCUGUGCCCUACCCUCAGAUGGGGCACAAGGGUGGGGGCACUGCGCUUGGUAGAAGCCCCCCGCCAGCCCCUGGCCC